UAUAGUUUGCUAAGUGUAAAGUAAUAAUCCUACUGGAGCCAACCAUGCAAUCAGUUCAGUGCUUUGGAAAAAAGGGCAAUGCUACCGCCGUUGCUCACUGUAAGGCCGGUAAGGGUUUGAUUAAGGUCAAUGGUGCACCUCUUUCUCUUGUCCAACCCGAAAUCUUGCGUAUGAAAGUUUACGAACCCAUCUUGGUUGCUGGUGCUGACAAGUUUGCCGGCGUUGAUAUUCGCGUUCGUGUUUCUGGUGGUGGUCAUGUUUCUCAAAUCUAUGCGAUCCGUCAAUCCAUCUCCAAAGCUAUCGUUGCUUACUACCAAAAGUUCAUCGACGAGCACUCCAAGGCUGAGCUGAAGAAAGCCCUCGUCACUUACGACCGUACUUUGUUGGUUGCUGAUCCUCGUCGUAUGGAGCCCAAGAAGUUCGGUGGUCACGGUGCCCGUGCUCGUCAACAAAAAUCUUACCGUUAAGGCAAAGAAAAUAUCAUUUUUUUUCCAAAGCAGACAUACAUGCAUUUUUGUGUAAGAAUGUAGAUCAUAAUGGAAAUAGUAGGUUACAGGAAUUUAGUAGAUUUCAUGCCAUUUAAUGUAUAAG